AACCACCAAGUCAAGCUAGCUCACGAGCUGAGCAAAGUUUAGCUCAAACUCUACUCGUUUCUGCAAACGAUGAACAACUCGACUCAUUUGUAGGUAACCCUACUCGUUACAAAGUAAAUAGGAUUGGGGGGAAAGAUAGGCAAGGGGGUUGGUCCUAGGUCUAUCAAAUAAUUCUGACAAAUAUGUAUGUGCCCCAACAAUAAAUUAGACCUAUCACAAAGAAAAUGGAAUGUUUAUGUGAAAAUGAAAUAUAAACAAAAAUAUGGUAAGGUUGUAGAAAAAGCUUGAAUUAUUGAAGGAUAGAAAGAAAGGAGUAAAGAAAUUGGAUGUGAAGGAAAGGCCAAAGUUAUGGGAAAGCAACCCUCCAAUAUCUCUCCCUCCCCCUUCUUCCCCCCUCCCCCCAAUCUCUCAUUAUUUCUCUCCACUCUAUUGCUCCCCAGCCAAAGAAACAAAACAUCAGUUGGAGGCCCCGUGGAGAGAGAGAUAGUAAUGAUUUGAAAGAAGUGAAGGCAAGAAAACAAACAUUAGAGUGAAAAGAAGAAGAAAGAAAUUGGAAGUGACCCAUCCAUUUCCCUUUCCUUUUGUUUUUUCGCUUUGCUUCUUCCUUCCCCUUUUCUCUAUUUUGGAUGGUAGAGAGAAAGUAAUAUAUUUAUCUCUACGAAGCUGGAGCAGCAGUAGUUCAGUGUACUACAGCUUCUUUAAGCAUGUUCAUCUUCUUCAUAUUGCUAUCCCCUGCUUACCCACUCCUGGUUUCUUCAUUUCCCUUCUCUUCUGGCCGCUGAUUAUGGUUGGAUUGAGUGUUUGAGUUGGGUGAUAGGAAAAGGAGAGAAAGAUGCCAAGGCCUGGGCCAAGACCUUAUGAGUGUGUUAGGAGAGCUUGGCACAGCGAUAGGCACCAAUCGAUGAGAGGUUCAAUCAUUCAACAGAUUUUCAGGGUUGUGAGUGAGACUCACAGUGCUGCAACUAGGAAGAACAAGGAAUGGCAGGAGAAGCUGCCUAUUGUGGUGUUGAAGGCCGAGGAAAUCAUGUACUCGAAAGCUAACUCUGAGGCUGAGUACAUGAGCCAUGAAACCCUUUGGGAUCGUGUAAAUGAUGCAAUCAACACCAUCAUUCGCAGGGAUGAGAGCAGUGAAAGUGGGAAGCUUUUGCCGCCUUGCGUUGAAGCCGCCUUGAAUCUGGGCUGCAUUCCUGUGAGAGCUUCAAGAAGUCAAAGGCAUACUAAUCAGAGAAGUUACCUCACCCCAAGAGUCCAAGAACCUCCCCCACCUUCUUCGCCAGUGCCUGCAAGAACCUUGAAUGAUGCACAUGCGGAAAGAUGCCCUCAGUUACCGCCUUUUCACUCUGGCAAUCAAUAUACAAGAGCACCAGCAACUUUGGAUUCAUCACCUCUUCCUGCUUUCGAGCGUAACAGUCAAAGGACUGGUGCUCCCAGCCAUGCUGGCUCUUUGCCAUAUGAUGGUGUGCCUUUGGGGCAUGUCUAUCCGUUAUAUUAUGGAGAUCACUAUCAAUACAAGGAGCCUCAGUUUGUGUCCCAAGUCCCAGAGAGAGCAGCAUCAAACCCAAUAUACGUGGGCAAACCCAUCGGUACGGCAGCAGCUGUAGAUCCUGCUGCUGAAAUGGGUGCAUUGCAGAAUUUCUUCUCCCCAGGUCUUGAGAUUGCUUCACCAAGGACUACUCUUCCUGCCUAUGAACAAAGAGCAGGAGCACAUUGUGAUUUGUCAUUGAAGUUGGGUUUCUCCUCAGAUCCUUGUAUGACCUUGGAAAGAAGUUCGGGUCAUGGAGACAACAAUGGAAGGUUCAAUGAUCCAUCUCCAGCAAACAACCAGGAGUUCAGUUUUUUCCCUGCUAGUAGUAGUCAUGGUCCAUUUGAGUUCCCUGCAAUGAAAGGUGGCCCUAGUACAGAUGCUUCUACCAUUAGAGAGCACAGAGCACACUUCAGUGGCGAUGUGGGGGAGGAUGGACAGUACUCCUGCUGGCCACCAGGGUUUCCCACAAACAGGUUCGUCGGUUGAACCAUAGAGGGGUCAGGUUUGUAGGCAAAUGUUUUUGUUGUGUGUAGACGAAAUGUAUAUCCGUGCGGGAGUUUGUGUUCUGCUUUUGAACUAUAUGCUCAGCCAAUCCUUUUUGCUGCUGUCAUUUUGCUAUGUUAGAGUUCAGAUGCAAGGGAUAAUGUUGAGAUUGGCAGGCAGGCUGUGAUGAGGUAAAAUUGUAAAUGAGAAUCAAUUUUCAAUGCUUAUUCCAAGUUGGUAUUAGCUGGUCUUUUGAGGCAUAGACAAUGCAGGACUUAUAGUUGUCCUGUGAGUUGUGACCUAUAAGCAGAUAUAACUAGAAUCAGUUAAAGACUCAAUUAUACUGAAAAAGAUGAUCUCUUUUCAUCUAAUAGUGCCAGAAAGCCCUCAUUUUGUGUAUGCACGCUUGAUUUUUCCUGUUUAAGUUAAUGUGAAGGUUUCUUGGUGCUAAUGAUGUGCUGUAGAGGCUUUGUUGAGUGUUGCAGAGCAUUGCCAUUUCAACUUCCACUUUUGUGGAGGUAGUUAUGGUGUAGCAAGGUCCUAGUUUGGUGGCUCAUUCUACAAUGUGAUUGUCCAUCCACCUACUUCUAAGGCUACCCAUCCUAUCUCAUUGAUUUAACAUUAGAAGAGGGUAGGUUUCAUUUUGGCUGAGGGGUAGUUGACUCCUCCACAGUAAAUCUUUGAAGCUUUGCUGCUCCAAUGUCAGAUUUGGGAGGGUAAUUGAAACCUUGUUAAAGGUGCAAGCUUUGUUCACAGAACUCACAGAUUUCACUUCGCAUUGAUCGACCUGUGUGGAUUGUGAUUUGUGAUUGCACAGAAUUCAUGAGUGAAACACAGAACAACGUGUUAAACUGGAGUUGUAUUGCUUUUUUGCCUUGAUUGACUACUGUGUUUUUGAACUUUCACACUCCAUCUGACAGCUCAGUUACACCAUCAAAUAACCCAUUUAGCAGAAAUGGAAGAAUCAUAUUAAAUUGUUGAAUGAUUC